GUCGGUCAUACGAUGUGUUCGAAUCGUGCGUGUUUGAAAUUAGAAUGCAAUGAAACAUUUUCUAAUGAUUAUUAAUUAACGAAGGCAUAUUCUGCUAUAACUGGCCAAGACAACGGUUAACCCUCAUUUUGUGACAACGAUGUUUGUCUAUCCUCUUGGACGGGGCCCGUCUAUGCGACUUUUAUCACGGCAUGGACUUGCAUCCUGUUCUCACUCACAAAACAUUGUUACAAAACCCCAAGGGGAAAAGCGGUCAGUGAGUUGCCAUGAAGGAUUUCCUGUAGCUUAUCAACCACUGGUUGUUCGGAUUGCGUCUAAACUUUUCGAGGACAAAAAGGAAUCCGUUCCAACUUCCACCAUCACAUGUAAUCUAGGUGUUCGAUCUUCCACAGAUUUGUUAACUCAGUCUCUAAAAUUCAGCGAUCGCCUUCAACCGGUCCUAGACAACGCUGCUACACAGACACAGAUAGCGCUAUUGUUACCAAAUGAUUAUCGUUAUAUAAUGAGCCAGUGGGCAACUUGGCUAAGCGGUGCAUGCGUGGUUCCUCUACACCAACGACUUCCACCUAAGAUGAUUGAAUAUCUUUUACAAGAUAGUGGUAGUUCGGUCCUUAUUACAACGAACGAGCUGAGCUCCGUGAUUGACACCAUCGACAAAGAUCUUAUGCGGUCCAUUCGGGUAGUUUCGCUAAAUGCCGACGACAUCGACGGACUUCCUGAACCAGCAAGUAUAGCCAAGCAUACAUUAGUUCAAAUUCGGGACCAUUUCCAACUUUAUAAGAAGCGCCCAGCGCAAAUGGUGUACACAUCAGGUACGACAGGACCGCCUAAAGGCGUCGUAACAACACACGCUGCACUUGACGCGCAGGCGAGCUCGGUCGCGCUUGACUGGUUCCUAGGUCCCGAAGACUAUCUUCUUAAUCAUCUACCACUUCAUCACACCCAUGGCAUUCUAAACGGGUUACUGUCGCCGCUUUGGGCCGGAAGCGGUAUAUAUUUGCUGCAGAGUUUUGACCCAAAAAAGGUGUGGGAAGUAUUGCUGUCGGAGGACAAUCGAGUAAAUUUUAUGCUGGCCGUGCCAACAAUGUACGCCCAGCUUGUGUUAUUUGCUAAAGAGCAACUUUGGGAACGACGCGAAGAGAUUCGUGAUUUUCUUAAGCUGAAACUACGUCUUUGCACUUGCGGGUCGGCUCCUCUUAGCCUCCAGUUGUUUCGGGACUGGGAAGAACUUACAGGUCACGUGAUUCUUGAACGGUACGGAAUGACUGAAUUUGGCAUGGGGGUUGGCGGAGACGCGGUAAAUCCAAAAAUGCGCUAUCCCGGCACUGUUGGCAGGCCGUUUGUCGGACUCGAAUUUCGUAUCGCAGAACAAGACGGCUACUCAUCGAAUCGUUUUAAAACACUCGCUCAUAUGACAAAACACUCCACCACAAUCAAAACGAUGUCGCGAAAUCGUAUCAUUGGCGAAUUACAUGCGAAAGGUCCACAAAUGUUCAGUCACUACCACGAGCGGCCUAAAGAAACCAAAGAUGCGUUCACAAAGGAUGGCUGGUUUCAAACUGGUGAUAUGGCGGAGCUUGUCAUUUGCGACGAUCGCAGGAACUUGGUUAAAAUACUAGGCCGAAAAAAAAUGGACUUCAUCAAGUGCGGCGGCUACAAGGUCUCUGCGCUGGAGGUACAGAACGAACUGGAAGCAGUGCCAGGGGUCGCUGAAAGCGCCGUUUUUGGCGUCCCAGACGUGACAUGGGGAGAACGAGUUGUUGCAGUGGUGGUGCCGAAAAAGCAGUGUAAUUGUACUGAUCUCAAAAGUGAAAUACAAAUGCACUGUAAAAAAACACUCCCCCCGACGUCUAUUCCUAGUGAAAUUACCUUUGUCGUGGAGCUGCCUCGUAACGUAAUGGGCAAGAUUGAUAAGACCUUUCUCCGAAAUCAACAUUUGCAACGUUUGCUGAAAGAAUCGAUGCCAUAGAUUUUGAAACGACAUUCCACAUAUGUCUUUCUGCUAAGAUAAUAAAAUAUGUAAAUCUAACAUUAGUGUGAUUGAAUUCCAUUCAGUAAUUAAUAAUGGCAAUGGUGAGCGAGGCUUGAAAUCGGGUGUAGAUAGAGCAAGGAGAUAUAAAUCGCAGACUUCUUCAUUUGACAGCUUUUCAUAGUGAGUACUUAUAUCCAUGUUAUGCACAUAUAGAACUUCACACUAUUUGCACUACGUUCGGGGUGCACUUAGUUUCUUAGUGAAAGUGGAAUUAACAAAAUGUAGAUCACGAUAGAGACAAUGAAAUGUGGCCAUGAGAUUGAUAUAUAAAAAAGAACCACUAUGGUCGACAACAGCCGUAGGUAAUAGCCUGACUAUGAGUAGCGCCACAUCAUUAUCGCAACAAAAUGUUACUGCAAAUAUGGUAUUUUUUCCAGUUCUUUCAUAAAUGAUUUUAUUACAAUGAUGCAAUAUGAUGCAAUGGUGGUAAACAAUGGUGCAAUGAAGAUCGACUGCACUUACAUUGAAAUUGAAUAUAGAUUGGUCUUCCCAACAAUAACGUAGUCAAAUAAACAUUCUACCCCAUUAUGUGGGGAAAAUGGAACCUUCAGGGUAUCCAGUUUGGAGUACUAGAAAAAAGCAUUAAUUUCCACUGUAUCAAAGAGCAAAUGUGAACUUUUUUUACAUUGUCAAUAAAGCUAUGCACCUAAAAUGUUUAUACAGUCUA